GAUUCACAUUGCUGAUAAUCUUUUAGAUAUUCCACUGCUCUUCUCAUCGGCGAGAAGGCGGCUAUGCUCGUCGCAGAGGACUUGGGAUACUCUGGCGAGGCCCUCGAGAUGAAGGUGCCCACAUAUCACGCGCCCGGCGAGUUUGUUCUUCAACAUCGUCUCUAAUUGGAUGGCACUGCUUUUGUUUGCCCUUACCUCCACAAAAUUGGAUGUAUGUACGAGACCACAAUACCUUGCGACUUGUAUUGCUUUGUGUUGUUUGUAGUUUGUCGAUAGCCAAUCUCAAUAUUGUCAAAUAUGUUUCGGUUUGCCUGAUGAUAUACCAAGAUCAAAAGUCCUCAGUCUGCAAUAAAAUGAAUCCAUUGGCUGUGGUUAUCAAGGGGUUUGAGGGUUGCAUGGUGGACUUAGGUCGGAUAUCGGCAAUGAUUUGUAUCAAUUACUCUCGGGGGCCUUUGGAACACAAACUUUUUCGCUUGUGUGGCAACCGUGAAACGGCCACCGUCAAAAUUGGCUUGUAGACCUGAUCUGUCAUCUCAUAUCAAAUCAAUGCAACCGACUUUAGGCUCAAUUAGUCUA